AUGAGGCUGGAGGAAAAGCUGGAACACAGUGAGAGCCUUGUUGGAAAAAGUCGGCCAUGUCUCCAUGACACACACCAGGCCAACGGAAAAGCAAUAGCAAAUGGGAAACCGAGAGCAAAUGGGAAAGCAGAGAUCCAUGAAAAGCAGGAGGUAAACGGCAAGGGCGACAGGCUCAGGAGAUGUCUCAACCUGUACACCUGGCAGGAGAUCCAGAGACACAAUCAGGAGGCCGACCAGUGGCUGGUGAUUGAUCGCAAGGUUUACAAUGUGACUGACUGGGCCGGCAAGCAUCCAGGUGGGCAUCGGGUCCUCAACCACUAUGCUGGGGAAGAUGCCACGGAUGCCUUCAGAGCCAUGCACCUGGAUCUGAGCAUUGUGCAGCGGUACCUUAAGCCACUGCUCAUUGGAGAACUUUCUCCAGAAGAACCCAGCCAGGAGAAAAACAAAAAUCCACAGCUGGUAGAAGAUUUCCGUGAAUUGCGCAAGACAUUAGAGGCCAUGAACAUGUUCAGUGCCAACCUAGGAUUCUUCUUUCUCCACCUUGCCCAGAUCUUGAUUUUGGAAGUCUUAGCAUGGCUAAUACUAUGUCAUUUUGGCAAUGGCUGGACUGUUACAAUACUCAUUUCCUUUAUUCUCACAGUUUCUCAGGCUCAAAGCUCAUUUUUACAACAUGACAUAGGACACCUUUCCAUGUUUAAGAAGUCUAAGUGGAACCACCUGAUGCACAAAUUUGUAAUGUGUCAUCUCAAGGGCCUGUCUGUUGGCUGGUGGAAUUAUCGACACUUCCAACAUCAUGUAAAACCAAAUAUCUACCCCAAGGAUCCAGACAUUGAUGUGGGACCCCUUUUCCUGCUUGGAGAUACUCAGCCUAUCAAGUAUGGCAAGAAGAAAAUAAAAUACAUUGAUUAUGAGAAGCAGCACCUGUACUUCUACAUGGUUGCACUUCCUCUACUUAUGCCCGUCUACUUCAAUUUCCAAUCCAUGCAAGUGAUGUACCUUCGAAAGUACUGGGCGGACAUUGCUUGGGUUAGCAGCUUUUACAUUCGAUAUUUCAUCACAUUUGGCCCUUUCUAUGGAAUUUUCGGAACGGUGUUGCUCAUAUAUUUGGUCAAGCUUAUUGAGAGCCCCUGGAUUGCCUAUGUUACCCAGAUGAGCCACAUACCAAUGAAAAUGAGCAGAGAAGAGAACCUCGACUGGCUCAGCACUCAGAUUGUGGCCACCUGUAAUAUUGAACAGUCCUUUUUCAAUGACUGGUUCACUGGACAUUUGAACUUCCAAAUUGAACACCAUCUCUUCCCCACAAUGCCACGCCAUAAUUACCACAAAGUGGCCCCACUGGUGAAGUCUCUGUGUGACAAGCAUGGACUGCAAUAUAUAAGUAAGCCCAUAUUGAAGGCAUUUGGAGAUAUUGUCAGGUCUUUGAAGAAGUCUGCUGCCCUCUGGAUGGAUGCUUACUAUGAAUGA